AACCUGUCUGGCUACAUCACUCGACCACAGCUAAGUCCUGCCAACACGGCCGCUCUUCUGCUGUCCCGCUACACACACGGCCAGGACCGGUUUGCUGUUCUUGCUACAUACACCGCCAGGACCAGUUUGCUGUUCUUGCUACACACAGCCAGGACCAGUUUGCUGUUCUUGCUACACACAGCCAGGACUAGUUUGCUGUUCUUGCUACACACAGGACCAGUUUGCUGUUCUUGCUACACACACCGCCAGGACCAGUUUGCUGUUCUUGCUACACACAGGACCAGUUUGCUGUUCUUGCUACACACAGCCAGGAUCAGUUUGCUGUUCUUGCUACACACAGGACCAGUUUGCUGUUCUUGCUACACACAGGACCAGUUUGCUGUUCUUGCUACACACAGGACCAGUUUGCUGCUCAUAUCACCGUAUAAGGUAAGGCAGAUGCGUGUGAGUUACGUUAUCGCUGCAGCGCUUGUGUUUGGGUCGGUAUGUGAUGGUCUCUUCCAGUUUGCUAAUCCGCCCUUCGUGGCUGGUAGUGUGAGAGGUCUACUGGCAGGGACCGGGCUGGCUCUCUUAAAGAGCGGACUUAUCAUCAAGGUUGCAAACUUGGCCUACCGCAAGACACAGGAGGAGGAGGAGGAGGAAGAUAGUUAUGGCAUCGCGGAUAGUGCUUCACGAAGGACAUCCUCUCCUCAUCCCUCUUCUUUUUACAAGUUUCUAGAUCCUAGUGUCUAUCCCCCCCGCUCCCGCCAACAGCGAGCCAUCACACAGGGGAUAGGGGAGAUGGAAGAGGCGGAGAAGCUGUUGCUGUCAGCCGCCACUCACCUGGACACUGACGGCUGUGUACUGAAGCUCCUGUGUCACCUGAACAACAAACAGGUAGAUGCUCGUACGCUGGAGGAAACCGUCCUCCUCCAAAUGUUCUCCGACAACCUGGAGACCAUGUUCUCCUACAACACCGCCUUCAAAAAUGCCACUGAGGCUGAGCAGGGCGUGUGUGACCAUGUGUUGACACAGUGUCCCCUGGGGGAGGAGGAGCUGGGUAAUGUUAUGCGACAGACGUGGAGCUGUGCGAGCCUCAGCCUCUAAUAAUGUUAAUCAUUCAAUCAUCUUACACAAUAUCAUCACCUACAAUUCACCAUAUUUUACAUAUCAUUUUAAGAAUGUUGUAUAAUCCACAUUCUUCGCUUCUUUCUCUCGUUUUGUUGUCCUUCACCUUUAAGUUCUAGUCGUUUGUAACUUUUUGUCUAUGUAUAUGAAAUAUAAUCCCUAUGGGACAGUAACCACUUCAGAUGCUAUUAUUUCAACUGAUUAUAUGUACUGAGUCAAUAAUA